AUGCUUCUGAGCCCGUUCCGACCAUGCGAAGGCUCACCAACUUUCCAAGAGGAAUAUCGGGGCAACUAUAUACCAAAGGUUAUUAGAACAGGAUAUGGACUCCAGGUUGUGGCGCCGGAUACUCCAUACGUGGCAGUGGCCGGCUCAGACAAGUUAUACUUCAUCGACACCCGGCUCGAUGCCGAGACUGCAAAGCAUGUGAAGGAACAAAUCGAGAGGGCAAGUGUGCCGAAACCGGAGGAGUACAUCGCUAUAGAUGAGGUUUUGGCUACAGCGGAAGUGAAAAACUCUGUGACCGGCGAGACGACAUUCGUGUUUGACCUCGACUAUGCUAGGGUGCUGUUUGCGAAGGGAAUGAACAGACACAACCCGGAGCUCAAACUGCCUGAGCCUGAGCCGGCGGGCGAUUGGUCGGUGACCUAUGAUUUGAAAGCCUCAGUGCUUUCAUCCGAAACGUUGAUGGAACACUGA